UCCCGCCCAGCGGCCGCCGGCGUGGGGAACGGAUCGCAACGCAGCCGGGUCCUGCCCGCUCCUCCCAGAGCCACCAGCAAUCAACCUUAAUAUGGAAGAUGAGGUACAGUUUGUGACAAUGAGAAAAACCCUGAAAGUCACAAAGCCUCGUUUUGAUGCAUCCCUGGUUUACUUGACCCGAAAAUUCAUGGAUCUUGUCAAAACUGCUCCAGAUGGUGUUCUUGAUUUGAAUGAAGUAGCAACAACUCUGGGGGUACGAAAACGAAGAGUAUAUGACAUCACCAAUGUAUUGGAUGGAAUCCACCUAAUUCAGAAAAGAUCUAAGAAUCUUAUCCAGUGGGUAGGAUCUGAUCUCGAUCAGAUUGCUGGAAAGGCAUCAGAGCAACAAAAGCUUAGAGAUGAACUUUCUGACUUAUCAGCAAUGGAAGAAGCUCUGGAUGAAUUAAUUAAAGACUGUGCUCACCAGUUGUUUGAAUUAACGGAUGACACAGAAAACACAAAACUAGCUUAUGUGACAUAUCAAGAUAUUCAUAGCAUUAAGGCCUUUCAAGAACAGAUUGUUAUGGCAAUCAAAGCUCCAGAAGAAACAAAACUAGAAAUACCAGCUCCUAAAGAAGAUUGUAUAGAAGUACGUAUAAAGAGCACAAAGGGACCCAUUGAUGUAUAUUUAUGUGAAGUGGAGCAAGAUAACCCAGGUGCCAAAACUUUUGAAGAUAUGGAUACUCUGACAUCAGAAACUAAAUCCUCAGUACCUCUCGAUGAAGAGUGAGAUCUUCUAAAUCAACUUGAAGGGUGAAGAACCAUUAGAACGCCGAGUCCUGAGCAGAUUAUCAUGAAUAUCUGCGCUGCAGAAUUCCCUAAGAGAGCCACUUGGAACUAUGAAUAUGCUAAACUAGUAAUACUCUCAAAUGUUUUUCAAACUUAAAAUGGGAAUAAUUCAGUUGUUGAGUGCUUUCACACAAUUAUCUUCAAUUGCUUCAGUCUAAAAGAAGGCAAUUCAAGGAGCCAUUUUUAGGAGCUUUGUUUCUACACUUGUGCGUAAUCUGCAGUGUUUGGGGAAAAUGGCCUUGUUUUUUACUGUUUUUAUUAAAUAAUUUGAAUGAUAACAAAUAUGGACAAGAAAUUACUUCAAAAAAUGAAGAUUCUUUAAAGCUACAUCUGGAACAAAACACCAAAACAUGGUCCUGCAAGAAUAUAGAUAAUAAAUAAAUGCACUUUUAUUUCUGAAGCUGCACUGUCACUAAACAGGAUUGUUAAAUAUAAUAUUAGAAUCAAGAACUGGAGUAUUGGAAGGCUUUUCUUACCCAUAAGGAAUAUAAGACAAGUAAACAUCAUGAAAAAUUGAAGCUAUGCCUUGCACUGUGUGGAUGCUGUUUGCAUCCAACUCCGCAUGUAAUUCUAGUGUGAACGAUGAAGUUAAAGGCAUGGCUUUUGUGUAUAUAUCUGUAUCCUGUUUAGAUAGUCACUGAUGGAGAUUGACAAAAUGAAUUGCACUUCUGCCUUUGUACAGCAAAAACUGAAAUAAACUUGUA